AAUUAUCAGAAUUGAAAGCAAAAUAUGUUAAGACUGUCUAUUCUUAUAGUUUUCUUCUAGACAAAAGCAUAGAUUUAAACAGAAUGAAUAGCAUUUGCACUAGAAUGAUAAUGCCAGAUAUUGAAUUCAAAGAAUUAGAAUUUGAUAAUAAUGCAUUUGAGAUGAUCAUGUCUCUUAAAAAAGAAAUUGAGCUUUACUAUAAAGGGGAUGAAGAAAGCUAUUAUCUAUCUAAGGGCUAUAUUAUUGAUAAAAAUCUCGAAGAAGCUAAGAGACUUUUUAAGGAAGCCACUGAUUAUGGUUUUGCAGUUGCUAAAUUACAUUAUACAUUUAUCAUAUCUAAAAAUAUGAAAGAUCUAAAAAAACAAAAGGAAUUUUUUAAAUAUUUGAAAUUAUCAGCUAAUCAAAGAAAUAAAAAAGCAGAGUAUUAUUUAGUCAAAUUAUAUUAA